GAAAUGAAAAAAUAGCUGGAUGAUUGAUAAUCAAUCUCGUCAAGUAAUAGUUUGAAGAUUUGGAUUGCAUAUUCGUAGCGCGUCGGAAAAACGCUGCGAAUAGUUAGUGGCCAGCGCUCUCUGCAAGAAAUUUCACCCCCAAAGGCACCGCUUAAGCUGACCGACAUCAUUCACGAUGAUUCGCUUCAUCCUGAUACAGAACCGUGCGGGCAAAACGCGGCUAGCGAAAUGGUACAUGAACUUCGACGAUGACGAAAAGCAAAAGCUGAUCGAGGAGGUGCACGCCGUGGUGACGGUGCGUGACGCGAAACACACGAACUUUGUCGAGUUCCGCAACUUCAAGAUCGUGUACCGCCGGUACGCGGGGCUGUACUUCUGCAUUUGCGUCGACGUGAACGACAAUAAUCUGUGCUACCUGGAAGCGAUCCACAACUUUGUCGAGGUGCUGAACGAGUACUUCCACAACGUGUGCGAGCUGGAUCUGGUGUUCAACUUCUACAAGGUGUACACGGUCGUGGACGAGAUGUUCCUGGCGGGCGAAAUCCGCGAAACAUCACAGACGAAAGUUCUCAAACAGUUGUUGACGUUGAAUUCGUUGGAGUAAGAACCUUGUCCCCUCUCCGAACGAUAUCCAGGACCGGGUGGAACUGUGUAGGUAUUAAUUGUUGCUCGAUGCUUCUCCUCAUCGCGAUGUAUGUUUUUCUUUUGUGUGUUACUCAACAUUUGCGUAUACCUGGUACCUUGCGGUACGUCCACUCAACGAUGCGUUGCACAGCACGCAAGACGAGCCAAUCGAUGGCACAAACAAACCGAGAAGAACUGAAUGAAUCAUUCCAAAAGAAUCAUUGAUUGAUGGCCAAUCGUCGUCGCGGUCGUUGACGUGAUGCGCUUGUAUGCCAUAUUUCAGGAACCGACCAGAACCAUCGUCUCAUUAUGCCAGCAUCAUUCAACUGCUGUUCAGCUUUUUGCGCUACUUUUCUCACCCCCCCAACCACCGGCGUCUUUUAGGGAUAGUCUUGGCGCUUGAACCACACUCACCGAUUGCCGGAUCAAUUCGCGCGUAUCGAUAGCUAAUUUCACGCUACCCAAACAUUGUAUGAUAACUGCUAGAAAGUGAGAGGAGAAGCACUGCCGGCUAGCAUGAGCAGACACCCAUUUCAAGAUUCAUACCAUAACUGUACGUGUAGUGAAGAAAGAU